UGCACCAUGAAAUUGAUCCGGAUUCCUGAAUUAAAAUAAUAAAAAAGCCCACCUCGUGCUGGAUUGCACGCGCACACUGCAGUUGGAACAUUCUUCCGCUCAGCUGCACCUCUGUGCCCAUCACCCAAGUAAAAUUAAUUCAAUUACAAAGCUACGCCACUGCGCACAUGAGUGGCCCACAAACAAAAACCCUGGGAAGACAAUCUCACUGAAACUCGGCCCUCGACAUCAUUAUCGGACGAGCGGAGCAAGAGCACGCAACAAAAAUAGCAGAAAUAAUUUGCCGAAAUAAUAAGAUUAAGUAUGCCACUCGAGUGGUGGUUUCCGGCAUAGACCAUUUCCGUUCCUCGGGUGACCUUCCCCCCACCAAUAUAUCUACGCAACUGCCUUGCCAGUGAAUUAAUGCCCCCCUCAACGCUUUUCGUCACAAGCGCAGCCAGCAGCAGUAUAAUUAAUGCUCCACCAAAGCCCCGGAAUCGGGACUCGCUGUAGAAUGUGAAAUAUUUGGCUCGUUUUCCUCACCUAGACCUCGGUGGAUGGGAACAUGGGAAGGGGCGUCCCCGGAAGAACGUGCAGCUGCCGAAAUGAAAAAUUCAACGCAAUCAAUAAUUAAUUAUCGGCUACGGGUGGUGAUGGGACUCCCUGGAGCAGAACCCAAAGCUGCUAUGUUCGUCCAGAACCGGAAUCCAGAAGCAGGCUGAAGCUGAUGGUGGAGCGAACCUUUUCCGGUGCGAGUGAAGAUUUGAUUGCGUAAUAAUCCGGUUACGGGCAGGGGGGGCAGUAAUUACCUUUUUUUGGUAUAAUCGGACCCAAGGGGGGCACACCAGUAUGUACACGUUUACCGGAGGUUAAACGGGCGAAUUGCAGAGUUCGGUUGAUUUUAAUUUUUCGGGUGAUUUGUUUGCAUUUUUGAGCGAGUGUGGUUUUUGUGGACCUCCGAAAACGGACACGCCCUUUUGAGUUGAUGUGAUGCGUGGUGAAGAUUAACUCCACCGGGAGGAAGUGGAGCAUGAUAGUAAUUCAGUUCUAGCCUGAAACAAGAAUAAUUCAUGAUAAGUGUGGUUGUUAGCUGAAAAAAUUCCGACAUAUGUGAAAUGAACUCAGAUGUUGACCCCGGCGCAAAUAAAUAAAAUGUCAUCACUACAAACCACCGCGCACCCUUCAGUCAGCACCUGCAUUUCCCAAAGGGAUACGAGAAAAAUUGAAUUAAAAUGUGCCGACGCGUUCGUUGUCGUCCUGCAACAAUGAUGUCAGGCACAAAGUGACCGAGUGCGUAGCAGAAACCAUAAAAUAACAACUCAAACCAAAAAAUUCAUCCCGUCCCGUCCGCGAUGCUCCCACUCGACCGGGAGGGGUGCUGUCCAGCGUUUGAGUGACUAUUCGGGGAACGUUGAAAACCAGGUGCGGAUUAGAGUGGCUCAGAAAAUAUUACAAUUUUCUAAAAGUCUCAGUGCUCAACUCCAAAUUGAAAGUGCGAAUGGUUCAACCGAGCUGCAUAUCCCGACUGCAACAGUGGUGAUUCGUUUAUUCAAACCAAACAAGAAGAGUGUCCUGGAGAAGAAAAAAUACGUAGAAAAAAAGUACGGUGUAGUGUGUUUCGCGUUCGUUCCUGCCAUGGUGACGGUGAACGACUCGAUGGUCCCCGGUUGGGAUUCACCGGACUAUUUUCGGUUGUUUAGCGAGGGUUCAGCAGCCUCCAACGAGAGCGCCGUUGUUCGUCCUGGGAGGUCCUCGCCGUUCGGCGGGCUGUCACCGGCCAAUCAGAGUGGGUCCAACGGGGGUGUAGUGGUAGUAGGUGGGUCCAGUGCCAACAGUAGCAAUAGUAGUGCCAGCCCUGCUGCGGUUGCCAACGGUGUCUACCAGGUGUCGUUCUACGGGGACCGUAAUGAAACGCGACUUGGGGCGGGGGCGGCUUCGGGAGGCGACCGGGAACGAGGCGGAAGCAAUUUUAUGCUACUGCUGGAGGAUUUCGGUGAAUAUUUUUACAACUAUAAUGGAACUGGACCACCGAACGAUACGCUCGGGCUCGGCGGCACCAGUGCCGGAUUCCCCAUCAACUGUACGGUCGCCAACACGACCUGCGACCUGCCAAGCGAAGACCACUACAACUAUUGGGGCCUGAUCCUGGUGCUGUUUCCGAUCCUGACGCUGUUCGGAAACGUCCUGGUGAUACUGGCCGUGUGCCGGGAGCGGACUUUGCAAACGGUGACCAACUACUUCAUAGUGUCGCUCGCGUUGGCCGAUCUGCUGGUAGCCGUGGUGGUGAUGCCGUUCGCCGUCUAUGUCCUGGUGAACGGAGCGUGGACGUUGCCAAAUUUUGUUUGUGAUUUCUACAUAGCAAUGGAUGUGAUAUGCUCAACGUCAUCUAUAUUUAAUCUAGUGGCAAUAUCAAUAGACAGAUACAUCGCCGUGACGCAGCCGAUCAAGUACGCGAAGCACAAAAACAGCCGCCGGGUGUGCCUGACGAUCCUGCUGGUGUGGGCCAUUUCGGCUGCGAUCGGGUCCCCGAUCGUGUUAGGACUAAACAAUACGCCCGAUCGGGUGCCCGAUCUGUGCGUUUUCUACAAUAGUGAUUUUAUAGUGUACUCGUCGCUAAGUAGUUUUUAUAUACCGUGUAUUAUAAUGGUGUUUUUAUACUGGAAUAUUUUUAAGGCCCUACGAACGCGAGCGAAAAAGCAACGUGCAGCCCGCAAGCCCCACAUAUCGGAGAUCACCGCCGGCGGUAGUCUGAUAGAGAACAUUGCUCAAACCAAGGUGGCCACGGAGACGCACCUGGACGGCAGUACGAAAAGUGCCGGUUCCUGUAAGAUCCUGCCAGACGAGGCGCCCACCAAUACGGCGUCCGGUUCCAACGAGGAAGACGACGACAAUGCGGGGUCCCCUGACAUUGAUGACUGUCAUGUGAUUGUGAACGAUAAAUCAACAGAAUUUAUGUUGGCCACGGUCGUGGAAGAAGCCGGAAAUGUGAUGGCUCAGAUAACGACAACGCAGAUUCCCUCCGAUCCGAACGGCAAUCACGACUCGGGCUAUGCGCCCUCCAGCAUAGGUGACGUGCUGGCGGCGAAUGCGAGUCCUCCCGGCAGCCCGAAUGUGGCCGCCACCGUCAUUGUAAAUAGAAACGCUACGCUUAGCAGUAGGAACGGUUCACCGCGGAAGGAAGCCAGUGUGACGCUGAAGCCGCUGUCGUUAGUGCGGUGCGGAGUUCAGCAGGCCUUAUCGCUCAAUCGAAACGACUCCACGCUAUCAACGAACUCCAACUCGAGGGACAGCACCCGGAAAGACAAGAAGAGCAUCCAGCAGCCUUCCAGGUUUACGAUCUACAAGGUUAACAAGGCGUCCAAGAAGAAGCGGGAAAAGUCUUCGGCGAAGAAGGAACGGAAGGCGACCAAGACGUUAGCAAUUGUGUUAGGUGUGUUCCUAAUCUGCUGGGUGCCGUUCUUCACCUGCAACAUCAUGGACGCGAUGUGUACCAAGCUGGACAUGACCUGCCAGCCGGGCGUGACGGCCUUCAUCCUGACGACCUGGCUCGGGUACAUGAACAGCUUCGUCAACCCGGUCAUCUACACCAUCUUCAACCCGGAGUUCCGGAAGGCGUUCAAAAAAAUCAUGAACAUCGAGUGAGUGCGGCGCAUCGUGCCGGGCGGCGACAUAAAUGGGGGUGCAAGGGUAGCUGCAGGGAAACGCAACAACGGCGUUGCAGGAGUGAGUGGGGCG